AUGGUCCGUGGGAAGCUUUCGUGGGAAGACAUUCCCAUGACCCCUCGGCCAAAGUCGCAACUGAAGUUACUCAACGGAGCCUCGUCUUUCACUCAACAUCCAGAACCAAAUCUCGUCUUGUCCAGGCAUUCCAGAAAAAUGGUCCUUUCAGUCGUAGCUCGCCGCGCCGCUGCCGCAGGCGUCAGAUCAAUUCACACCACCGCGCCCGUCCGCUCUGCUGGCCAUGAUUACCAUCAUCUCCCCUUCGCCUGGCCGGGCAACAAGAAGACCGCGUUUGGCCUCAAGUUGACCUCUUUCUUGUUAUUUGGCUUCAGCAUUCCCGUCGUGGCCUCGGUCUACCAACUGAAGAAAUCUUCGUAA